AUGAUUCAUCCACGAUAUUACUCAUAUGAAUAUUAUGAAGAUAAUCCAAAUACAACGUCAAUAUGCUCAGAUGAUUCGUCUUUUAUUGAUAAUGGUGGAUUUAUUCCCCAAAUUCAAAGCUUUAAGAAUUUAGUGUCAUUGAAAUUCAACAAUACUGAACUCAACCAUUUGGAUGAACUUAUAUCACUUCCACUAACUCUAUUAGACGUUUCUAACAACCAAAUAAAUUCAUUAUCUCCAUUGAUUCAUCUUACUACACUUAAAUUUCUUAAUGCAUCAUCAAACCCUAUUUUAUUUAUCCCUCCCUUACCAGAGCUUAAAUCACUUUGUCUUGUCAAUUGUCCAUUAGAAGAUAACAAACAAACAAUAAGAUCGCUCUAUAAAAUGACAACAUUAACAUGCCUAGAACUUCCACGUUCUACUCAUACAAAGUUAGUAGAUCCAAGACAAGCUCUUCAAAGGACACGUUUUCAAAGAAGAAGAGGAAAAUUAUUUAAAACACAAAAAGAGUAUUAUGAAAGAAUUAAUAAUACACCUGCACCAUUACUAGAAUUGAUGGAACAGUUAGAAGACUAG